UCCUGUAGUUAGGGUUCCUGGGCUGGACGGAGAACAUGAUCUCCGUGGCGAUGGCGCCGCUGGCUGGCGCUGGAGCUGCCUUGACGGAGCAGCAUUCUAGGAAUGGGUUCCGGCUAGCGAUUCAUAGCUCCAGGGGUCGUGGCGGAGGCGCCAGGGCUUGCUGCUCGAAGCUGAUCUUUCCAAGGGCCGGUCUCUGCUACACAAGCACUUGGAGCUCCUGGGUUCAUCAAAAUAAGCUGGAUUGCUCGUUGCUGCUCUCAAGAGCUAGAUACAGAUCCUCCAAUCGGCCCUACAGAGGUGUUGUGAGAUCUUCGUUGCUUGGUGUUGGAGCUCCGGAAGUUAUCGUCAUUGCCGUGGUGGCGCUUCUCGUGUUCGGACCGAAAGGCCUGGCUGAGAUUGCCCGGUCGCUGGGACAGUCAUUGCGAGCAUUUCAGCCAACUAUACGGGAGCUCCAGGAGGUUUCGAAAGAAUUCAAGCAAACUUUGGAAAAGGAAAUUGGUCUGGACGAGCUGAAGAAACCCGCGGAGUCGCCUAAACGAGCACCACCACCGGUUAAUGAGAACUUUGUGGUGGACGAGCUCACAGCCCAGCUCAAUCUUAUGCAACAAGAGAAGGAGAAUGCAGACGCGCAAGAGACGAAGCCAGAAGAGGUGAAUCCCAGCUCUGUGGUCGUUGCUUCAUCGUCGGGAGAUGAUACGCCUCCCUCUCCAGCUCCUUCAGAGGUAGAGACGACUCCCUCUCCAGCUCCUUCAGAGGUCCUAGAGACGACGCCAGUGAAAGAGAAGGAGGCCGCUGUAAACAACGUUGCAAAGGACUGAGAGAAGUCUAGUUACACGGGUGGUAAGGAUUCAAUUCAUUGGGGAAUUCGGAAUCAUAAGCUAAGUGAGGAUCGUUUCGUUUUGCAAAGGCUACAGAUAAAAUCAUACAGCAAAGAGUAGCGACGACAGAUCUCCCAGAACGAACAGCCAGAGGAAGGAAAAAAUUACUUUUCCUUCUCUAGAUGUUAUCCUCCUGGUGGGUCAAGAUGACAACGUCGCUGGUUGGCCUCGCAACGCAAGUGAGAACGAAUCCACUCCCGAUCUGAUCGUC